CGCUGUAUGCUUUUACUUUGACUCCGCUCUAAAGCCGGAAGCGGAAGUCCUCUCGUCCUCUUCUACCAGGCCGAUCCAACAUGGGGCGAGUCAGGACUAAGACGGUGAAGAAGGCCGCUAGGGUCAUCAUUGAAAAGUACUACACGCGGCUUGGUAAUGACUUCCACACCAACAAACGCGUGUGUGAGGAGAUCGCCAUCAUCCCCAGCAAGAAGCUCCGCAACAAGAUCGCUGGGUAUGUGACACAUCUGAUGAAAAGGAUCCAGAGGGGUCCAGUCAGAGGCAUCUCCAUCAAACUGCAGGAGGAGGAGCGCGAGAGGAGGGACAACUAUGUCCCAGAGGUUUCUGCUCUGGACCAGGAGCUGAUUGAAGUUGACCCCGACACAAAGGAGAUGCUGAAGCUGCUGGACUUCGGCAGCCUGUCCAAUCUGCAGGUCACACAGCCCACCGUCGGGAUGAACUUCAAACAGCCACGAGGAGUCUAGACGCCAUCUUUGUUCUUAAUAAAAUCCUUUAAAAA